AUGCGAUAUAACGAAUUCGGUCCACAAUCCCGUGGUCUGUCAUCGCGAGGUGGUCCUCGAAGCAAUCGUCUUACUACUGCGUCGCGAUUCUCGCGCAGAAGCAGCCUGUCUCGUGGUGAAACCGAAAUGCUUAGUUCGGUUAAUCGAGGUGUUGCUACUAGCUCAGAUCGUGGAUUACCUCGGAAACGCGGUCGUCAGAAGCGCUUAGUCCGAGUAGAGCAUGAUGAGGAGGCAGAGGCUGGUGAUGAAGGUGGGUGGGAUGAAGGAGAUGAACCGGAGCCGGAAGCAGAAGCAGAAAUGGAGACUGAGGCGGAUGCAGAAGACGAAGUGGAAGCUGAAGAAGAGACUAUGGAGGAGACCGAGGAGCUAGAUGAAGAGACUGUGGGUAACGAGAGGGAAGAGGAAGAAAAUGAGGCUCAGCCAGAAGGACAUAUCGAGUCUUUAAGUGAUAUGAAAGGGUCAAAAUGUGCUAAUCGUAAGCGUUUUCCCCUUGAUCCAUUGCCCACAAGAGAAGAUGGAGAAAGUGGACCGGAAGAAGACGAAGACCAUCAUUUGGAAGGAAGCACUGAAGCAGAUGUGGAUGAGGAUGAAGACGAAGAAGACGAAGAGGAUGAAGAUGAAGAUGAAGAGGUCGAGGAGGAGGAGGAAGAAGAUGAAGGUGAUGAUGAAGAAGAACAAAGAGGCCCAGAAUCAGAAGAGGACGAGGAAGAUGAAGAAGAAGAGGAAGAUGAUGAAUAUUUGACACCAGCUGAAAAAGCGGCUCAUAAUUGCCGCUUGUCCCCGCGCGACCUGAUUAACGAAGAAUUUAUUUUGCUACCCUUUCUACAAUCGUCAUCAAAGAGUUUGCGGGAUGCCUAUUUGUGCUUCAGAAAUCUGGCGGUCUGUUGUGUUAUUGCUUUCAUUGUUACAUUUAAUUUAGAAUUUUGUUUUUAA